AUGCGGAUGAAAGGGUUGGCCUGCUCCUGCCCUGCCCUACUCAACUUCUUGGAGCUGGGGACCUGCUUAAUGGCUGAGGGUUCCGGGACUCAGGCGUCGAGUCAAGGGCCUCCUAUAAACAUCCAAUUUCUUCGUGCCCAGUAUGAAGGACUGAGGAGACAGCAGAGGACCCAGGCCCACCUGAUGGUGUUUCCUAAAGAAGGGACCAUGCCUACUCCAGCUGAAUCAAUGACCAGUGCUGUCUGGGUUAACAAGGAGAGAAGGAGCUCACUGUCCCUGGAGGAGACUGACUCUGAGGUCGAGGGGAUGUUGGAAGAAGCAGACAGAAGCUGCCAUCAUGCUGAGUCACCAUGGCACACAUACCUAGAAAUGCAUCGCUUGGUUCAAACCUUCCAUCUGGAAGCCACUCACCAAGGGAACCCCAAAAGAUACCUUGCGGAAUCAGAACCAAGGCUCUCUCCAGAGGGAGACCCUGAUGUGUUGAAAAACAAUCAGAAGACACAGCAAGAAAUCAAAAUCCCAGAGGCUGCCCAGUGUCAAAGUCAGGAGGGCGGUAUCCCACAGCAGGUGGCAGGCUCCAGUUUACAAGCCAGUGCUCAGGGUCUUCCUUCCACAAAAAACCUGCACAGGUCUGGAAAACCAGCUCACUAUCCAUUCCCCCAGAGGAAGACGCCCCGGAUCUCCCAAGCUGCCAGGAAGCUGGGCUUAUAUGGCCCACCCUGAAGCUUACCAUCUCAUCUUGUGGCCACCAAUGGACUCAGCAAGGAACCACACAGAGCCACAACCAGAGCCAGGAACAAUGAGCAGCAAUUGGAUCAUUCCAGUUGUAGGAAUCAUGAGAAAUGAACUUCCUUUUUCUCUGUUCUUUCUUUCUUCCUUCCUUUCUUUCUUUCUUUCUUUCUUUCUUUCUUUCUUUCUUUCUUUCUUUCUUUCUUUCUUUCUCCUUUCUUUCUUUCU